AUGGCGCAUCUACUUUCAGCUUCAUGCCCUUCAGUUAUCUCACUUAACAGCAACACCAGUAGCAAGAGUUUCAUUAAGCCGUUUGGUUUAGGGCAAACCUCCUUCAAUCCUCAAUGUCUUUCAAGAUCUUCUCUCAAAGGACUCCUCUUCCAAGAGAAGAAACCGAGAAGAACAAGUUCCGUUUUCAGAGCUACUGCUGUGCCCCUAAGCCAACAAGCACCACCUGAAACAUCAGCCAAUGAUUCAUCGUCUAAACCAAAACGUGUUAUGGUCAUUGGUGGAGAUGGUUACUGCGGUUGGGCUACUGCCCUUCACUUGUCCAAGAAGAAUUACGAAGUUUGCAUCGUUGACAACCUUGUAAGGCGGCUUUUCGACCACCAGCUUGGACUUGAGUCACUGACUCCUAUAGCUGACCGUAUCAGUAGAUGGAAGGCUUUGACAGGGAAAUCAAUUGAGCUAUACGUUGGGGAUAUCUGUGAUUUCGAAUUCUUGGCUGAGUCUUUCAAGUCUUUUGAGCCUGAUUCAGUUGUCCAUUUCGGGAACAGAGAUCUGCGCCUUUUGAGCCUGAUUCAGUUGUGA